AUGGCGCCAAACCCUCAAGUCGCCGAGGCUAUAUCAAAAGCCGAGUCUGCCGGCGGAGAAAAUGGUCCUAUUUACGAGGAGCUUCUCGCUACUGUCGACAAGAUCUCGUCACCGACCACGGCCAUUGACGACUUCAAUACUAUUGUCGAUUCCUUCUUCAGCCAGGCGCUUGGCGUCGUGGCCACACGGAAUGUCCUGGCAGCUUUCAUCGCCACGCUGAGGAAGUUGGAGGACAGGGAUAUGCAGAUCGAGGUCGGAAACCGAACACUAAACAUUAUCGCUGCGCAGCCAUCGUCAUCCUCCUUCGUCGACGCCGGUGCUACCCUCCGAGAGCUCAUUGCUACAGCCCACGAAAAGAAUGAGGACUUUCUCGACGCCGCCAAGACUCUAGCCGAUAUUCCUCUCGAUAGCUCACAGCGCAAGAUCAACGAUGAAGAAAAGGCCCGUACAUGGAUUCGCAUCGUGCGGAACUACCUUCAGGUAGACGACUCUACAGCUGCCGAUUCGUAUAUCAACAAGCUCAAGAACAUUAUGCACGCGAUUUCUGAUCAGGAACUCCACCUGCACUUUAAACUAUCGCAGGCUCGCAUCCUGGACGCUCAGCGUGACUUUCUGUCUGCCUCUCAGCGGUAUCACGAGAUCAGCUUCUCUCCCGCCGUUGACGAGGAGGACCGCCUACACACUCUCAGCAUGGCCAUCAAAUGUGCUGUUCUAGCCCCCGCAGGUCCUAUGAGAAACCGCACGUUAGGUCGCCUGUACAAAGAUGAUCGCUCAUCUCAACUGGAGGAAUUCGGCAUUCUGGAGAAGAUGUUCCUUGAUCGACUUUUGUCUCCCGAUGAAGUUGAUAAGUUUGCCGAGGCUCUGCAGCCGCAUCAACUAGCAACAACUUCAGAUGGUUCUACAGUUCUUGCCAAAGCUGUCGUCGAGCACAAUCUUCUUGGCGCAUCCAGACUCUUUAGUAACAUCCGCUUCGAAGCGCUAGGAUCACUAUUGGGAUUGGAUGCUGAUAAGGCGGAAGAAACUACGGCACGCAUGAUUGAGCAGGGUCGCCUGGUUGGUCGCAUGGAUCAACUGGAUGGAAUUGUCUGGUUUGAGGGUGGUGAAGCAUCUGGAGAGAAGGGCAGUGGACGGGCCGAGAUAAUCGUUGGCAAGGAAAUGCGAACAUGGGACGCCAACGUCGAGAACUUGGCUGAGGAGGUGGAGAAUGUUACCAAUGCGCUGCAAAAGGAAUUUCCCGAAUUUGUUGCUGCAAACCUCGUCUGA